CUCCGAAACAAGAAAUGGCCAUCCAACACUUUACGCAUGCGCUGUAGGCAGCGUUUUAAAACGAGUCUUGAGGAGGGAACAUGAAGACACUCUGAAGUCUCACUCGAGUUGUGGUCGAGCUGUUGCGUCCAGAUGGGAAGUCGGUGUGGGGCUGCAGGAUGAGAAGUGGCCGUGAUCGCCAUGACUCUGAGAUCCAAACAAUUUCCACAACCGGGUUUCAAACGUAAGGCUGACACGGAAGACUUCGGAGUCAACAGCGUGGGUCCUGUGAGCAUCAAGAACGAGCCCUGUGACUUUGCUAUAGAUGUUCAGAACGUGCAACGACGGGAGAUCCCAAGCAGAUCCAAGGACUUAGAUCAGAGUUUCAUGACAAGUAAAGUUGCCCUAGCUGCCACAGCUCCAGAAACGGUUCAGGGAGACAAACCUCUGGGGAUAACGUCCCCUGUCAGACCAAUGGGGGGUGAGGGAACCCCGGUGAAAGGUAAACCCCUCUCUGUUGACAACAUGGAUAAUCCUCAGAUGGCAGUGAACAAUAAUCCAAAGGAUGCCGGUGCUGAGGAUAGCACAAAAGGGGUUGUUCCUGGAGUUCUAGGCACCGCUUCUAUUGAACUGUCCUCCGAAGGAAAGUGGAGGAACAUCAGGAAGACCCCUGCAAGUCCGCAUGCACAGGCUAACUGCCUCCGACAGAUUCUCCUCCUGCAGCUGGACCUCAUCGAACAGCAGCAGCAACAGCUACAAUCCAAGGACAAGGAGAUCGAUGAUCUCAAGGCAGAUAAAGAGACGUUGCUUGCACGCAUUGAGCGCAUGGAGCGUCGUCUCCAGCUCACAAGGAAGGACAUGCCGCGUGAUAAGCGCCUUUUCCAGCCCCUGGAGCCGUGGACCCCUGACAAAGAGGACAUGUGGGAUCUGGACAUAGAAGAGAGUCCACAGCCCAACGCGGCCACUCCCCUCCCGUUCAGCCGGGGAGGCAAAGGUCAAAAAAGGAAAACUUGCUUCGGAGAGGCAAAGGUUCAGAAAUCCCGGGGUAAAAGUGCAAAGCUCAGCCCCCAAAAGUCUGAGACGGAGCCCGGCUCUCCCAACCAAAGAGAGCUGCGCAGUAAGGAAACCCCAGAGAAGUCUGUCCCAGCCAGGUCCGGCGCAGAAAGGGACGCUUUGCUCCCCUGCAAAGAGGAGCCCGAGCUGAGCUGCCAGAUGGAGGAUUUGCCCUUCAUGUCAACCACAGAGAUGUAUCUGUGUUGCUGGAACCAACCUCCUCUGUCCCCUCUGCGUGAGACUUCCCCUAAAAAGGAGGAAGAGGUGGCCAGUGAGUGGACUCCUCAUGUAGUACAUGAUAUGCUGAUUGUUUUUCCCUCUUGGAGGGAAAACCACAUAGAGCCUUUGGAGGAGGAUGCCUGUAAUAUCCCAGAGCCGCUGGAUGACGGCACGUUUCUGAAACGCCACGCGAAGCUGGAGCUGGACGAGAAGAGGAGGAAAAGAUGGGACAUCCAGCGAAUCAGAGAGCAGCGCGUGUUCCAGCGUCUGCAGCAGCGCAUGAACAGGAAGAAGACCGUCCAGGAGACCGAGCCUGAGCUGUCGUCCUUCUACCCCGAAACUGAAGACGUUGAAGCUAUAGUGAUCACUCCGUUUUUGCCUGUGGUUGCAUUUGGUCGGCCGCUGCCCAAACUCUCCCAGCAGAACUUCGAGCUGCCCUGGCUGGACGAGCGUAGCCGAUGUCGCAUCGAGGUGCCCAAGAAACACACGCCUCACCGAACCUGUCGGAAGUGAACGCCGGAACGCGACGACAGCAGGGCAGCUCCAUGACUGAGUUUUAAAAUGGCCUACAGUUCAGGGCAGGGCAGUCAGUUAAUCAUUGUGUGCAACUUGCAGUUGCUUUCCGUCUGUGGGGUAUGAAACCACAGACUGGUUUUCUCUCCUGCAGAAAACUAGAAAAAAAAAAAGAAAAAAAGAGGCAAGAUUAGUCAACUCGAUUGCAACUGUUCAUCCAAGAGUUCAGAGCAUGUUUUUGUUCAAGCUGUGCCAUUAGAAAUCAGUUUUUAUCACUCAAAGAUGGCGUUUCAAUCAGUUUUGAUGCAUUUUGUUCUGGCAGGAUGAGAUGCCUCAUCUUCAGCAUGUUGGGGCGAAAUAUUAGUCACGCAAAGAGGAGCUUAAACUCUGUAUAACAAGCAAUACAGCCACAUAAUUCUCGCUGUGAGUAGCUUUUCUCCUUGCCUAAGUGGGACAAAAAAAAAAUCAAAAUUCGAUUGUAUCGUGUUGCUCUUAUUGUUUGCACACAAAUUUAAUAAGAUUUUGUCAAUGUUAACUGUGAUAUGGGAGUUUUGAACAAGCAUGACUACAUAUAUAAAAUAAUCUCAGUACUUGAGCCAAUUCAGUGUACGGAAACAGAUCGUCUAGCUGAGAGGUUCGUUCACGAAAACAGAGGAGUGGAAAUAGACGAACUUGGCUUUAAACUUAGGAAUCUGUUCUCUGUUUUGUUCAUUUUUCAUGUGAGCUGCAUGGACUGUUUACCUGUUGCAAAAAGAAGAUGGUAGCAUGGCUUCAGCCCAAGACGGGAGAAUCUUUACUUCUCACUGGGUUACUAAAACUACUAAAAAUAUAGUUAUUUUUGGAAGCAUGACAAUUGAAAAGGAGAGUUAUUUUUCUGCUUUAACAAGCACUGCAGCCCGAACAGCUUCCGCUUUACAGGUGAUUUUUUAUUUUUUUUCUAUUUCCAACCUUCAGACAUGCUCGCGUUCAGCAAAUAUUAGGCAGGUUAUGUGUAUGCGUUGCUCUCCUGAGUUCGGAGAUGUUUUAGAUUACUAAAAAGCUUUCUGCUGUAGUUCUAGCAACCUGUACGCUUCUCAACACUCUCUGCCCGUUUUCCUCUCUGAGCUCCUCACAAUCAGCGAUGGAUCUCUGCAGGCGUUCGCUCCACCUGUUCUGCGGUCUAAGCAGUUUGGAAAUGCAACAUGUUUUUUGUUUUUUUCCUUGUCACUGUACAUAGCUUUCAGAAACAAAUGUACAUAAAACAUGGCUGUUAUUUUUUUAUUAUUUAAUGUUGGAAAUGUUCAGUACAUUCAAUAUUGUUCUAUGAUUGUAUGUUGACAAAUUGACCGUUUUGAAAAUAAUUUUUUUGGAAUAAAAUGAAUGUCUAUGACA